AUGCAGUACCCCGCCAGCGACGCGGCGUCGGUCUUCAGCCUUGAACUGCUUGAGCCAUCGCCAGUAGACGAUACCCCGUACGAAAAUGAAAAGAGCUAUUUCCCCGAUGAGCUUCCCCCAGAGGAUCCACCGCCAAAGCUGCUGGGGCGGUCAACAACACUAGGUUUAAGUGGUCGUGGACCCGCAUUCUAUCUGACACGCAUACAAAAAUACUCGUCGUAUGCAUUUUCCGUUUUUGCCGCUGCCCAUAUCACGAAUACCGCUCUCAUACCAUUGGCAACCCGCUCAAUCGCCGCAAGCGAUACCUACCUACUUCUAACGCGGCCUUACUACCAAGACUUUCCUUUUGAGCCUCUCCUUGUCAUUGCCCCGCUUGUUGUCCACGUCGGUUCCGGCAUUGCCCUGCGCUUCUACCGGCGAAGGCAGACGUUGAAGCGUUACGCGGGCGACAGCGCGACUUUCUCCGAACGCCGGACUGUUCCAUGGCCGAAACUCUCCGGCACCUCGGCACUGGGCUAUAUGACGACUCUCCUUGUCGGCGGCCACGCCUUCGCCAACCGCAUCCUUCCUCUGUGGGUUGAGGGCAGCUCGGCUGGAAUUGGACUAGAGUAUGUCAGCCACGCCUUUGCACGACACCCCGGACUUGCUUUCGCUGGAUUUUCUGCCCUGGUGAGCGUGACUGUCUGGCACUCGAUCUGGGGCUGGGCGAAGUGGUUGAACCUGAACCCGGCCAGUGUGAUUCACGGAGGUGUUGAGAGUCAACUCCGUAAGAAGAGGAGGUGGUAUUUGAUCAAUGCCCUUGCGGCUGCAGUCACUGGUACGUGGCUUUGGGGAGGCAUUGGAGUUGUUGGUCAGGGUGGUCCUGCCACGGGUUGGGUUGCGAAGGACUAUGAUGCGCUUUUCAAGAGCAUUCCGUACGUCGGGGAGUACCUCUGA